AGUCGCUCGCCAGGGCAAACGGGAAAUGCGACUUCUGCUGACGUUCCUCCUCGUCUUCCUCGCCUACCUCGACAUUUGCACUCCGCCCACGCGGCUCCCUGACGAGGUGGACGGCGCGGACGCCGUCGGAGCGGCAAUGGACGGCCUCUGGCGGCUCACGCCGGCUCAGCAAGCGCUGGCCGCCGCCGCAGCGACCGCGGCGAAUAUGGUGUGGUGCCGCUUCGCCUUUGGUGACCACCGCAAGAUGCCCGCGACAUGGUGCGCCGCUGGGCUGCUCGUCGGCCUGUCCGGCUGGGCACUGCGGCAGUGGUCCAAGGCUGUGCUCGCCGACAGCUUCUCGUACCAGAUCUCUGCGCCACCCUCUCUCCUCAGCGGCGGGCCGUACACCUACCUGGUCCACCCCGGCUACAGCGGCAUCUACCUCCACCUCGCCGGCGCCUCCAUGCUCAACAUGGGAGGCAGCAAAUGGCUGCGCGUACCUGUGACCGUCGCGACCGUUGCCCUCGCCGUCGCGGUCGGAGGGAAGCACCGGGUGGCACCGGAAGAGCGGCUGCUCCAAUCGCAGUUUGGAGACGCGUGGGCCGCGCACGUCCAGGCUAGGUGGAGGCUGCUGGCGUACCCCGCCUGAGCGCUGCGCCUGUGGUCCGCGGCCCCGGCUGGUACGUUUCACACUAGGAGCCAAAGCGCUGCAGUGGUGCAUGGACAUGCGUGACUGGCGUGUGAUGAAUAUUUCGAAUCUCUCGUCGUAGUGUGCGCGGGGAGAGGGCGUGUGUGCGGGGGCGCCCGUGAGGCGCGUGAGCGCCACGCGCCGGCGCGGACAGAGAAUAUCUCAGCGGGACAGCGGCGGGAUCGGAACCCAGGACGGGGGGCGCCAAGACGGCGGCGAAGCCGUGGAGGAGAGGGGGGGGGGAAGAAGGGCGGGCGUGUCUCACCGCAAACAACCUGCCGUCUCCAGUCUGUCCUGGUGUCCAAACUUCAGCACUUAACGCCACAAUUCUCACGCC